ACGAUUAUAUAAUUAUAUGGAACUGGGCAAACUGGGAAGUGCGGUUGUAGCCUGCAAAUUGGCCGUUUAGGCCAUAAUAUACCCUUCAUAUGUCCGCCUAUUGCCCAUUUUGCCCGUCGGCUUGCCGACUUUCUGAUAAUUCGAGUGCCAGUGAUCGCAAUCUGAGUUCCAGUCAGACUGUUUGUCCUUACAUCGGUGGAUACUUCAGCACGCAAUCUAUAUUAUGGACUCCAAUAGAUGCCAGUAUCAGUGUCGUGUGGGCAUGUUGCAUGCUAAUUUUGUAUUCCAAUUGGUGAGAGUAUCAUUAAGAUCUUUAGCAGGUCGGAAGUCUGUGUGAUUGAGUAUUAAAUUCAUAGUAAAUCAUCCGUGAAAUUGGUCCGGGUCAUAAAAUACGUACAUAAAACCCAAUGACCGAGUUUCAGGGAAGCGGCUUAACUUAUUUUUAAUUAUUUUUUAUAUUUUCAAAUGGGUUAAGAUGGUGCAACAUCUUGGCAGAACUAUCAGGUUUCCAGAUUAGUGAUCUAAAUCAAUGCGACUGUCAUUGUCUCGAGUGAAGUGACACAUUGCUGGAUAGUGUUGGCCAAGUCGAAGAUCGUCUUUGGAGCGUGACCAACGGGGGUGACGCCGAGAAUAAUGAACUUGGCACUGGAGAAAUGCUCGCAAUCAGCAAAAUCGAGCGAUAAAGCCAUGUGCAGACGACUAUGGUGAGGUCAUGGGUCACUUUAUAAGCCAAGAGCCCCAGCAAGAGCAGAGCCAAAGAGCACGCAGCCGCCGAAAUGAAGCCAUCCACUCUAGCCGCAGCCCUUCCGCUUAUGACGCUCGUGGUCGCUGCCCUGCUGCAGACGCACUGCGUCCGUGGCCAGAACCAGGCUUUCGAUCUCACCAAGCUGUUUCCCAAGACCGGUGUGGAGCCCAUAUGGGCGGUGAUCGAUCGCAACUUGCCGCAGGUGCAGAAGCUGGUCACCACGGCCAGGAUGGAGUGCAUCCAGAAGCUGCAGCUGCCCAGGGAUCAGCGCCCGCUGCUGAAGGUGACCAAUCCCAGUGAGAAGGAGAAGUGCCUGGUGGAGUGCGUGCUCAAGAAGAUCAAGUUGAUGGACAGCGACAACAAGCUGAACGUCGGCCAGGUGGAGAAGCUGACCAGCCUGGUGACCCAGGACAACAAGAUGGCCAUCGCCGUCAGCUCCAGCAUGGCGCAGGCCUGCAGCCGCGGCAUCUCCUCCAAGAACUCCUGCGAGGCGGCCCACCUCUUCAACCAGUGCAUCAGUCGCCAGCUGGAGCGCAACAACGUGAAGCUGGUCUGGUAGAGGGCAUCCAUGGGCAUCCGCACCACAAACUGCCACUAGAGAUCUUAACUCGUGAUCUAUGCGCCCAUAUAUUAAAUUUUAGACAUUAGUGAUGGCAACGCACCUUUUUGUAGUACUAGAUCAAUUUUAGUUGCCCACUCGUAAUUGAUUUGAAUAAAUCCAUAUAUAAAUUAUUU